CGACUCAGGUGAAGGCUUAGUCCUAGCGGUCGGAGCGACGGGCGGUCGAGCCGGGGUUGUGUACGUCCUGUCGGAUCCACGCAAGGGCCGGGAACGACCGUUUUGGGGAGCGCGGCGUCCGCAGGCUGCCGACGCUCGUGGCCAUAGAAGACACGACAGAGCGGAGGCGUUUCCUCUCCCCCUUUGGUCAUGGCUCAAUUCGGAGGACAGAAGAAUCCGCCAUGGGCGACUCAGUUUACAGCCACCGCGGUGUCUCAGCCAGCUGCAUUGGGUGUUCAGCAGCCAUCACUCCUUGGAGCAUCUCCUACUAUUUAUACACAGCAGACUGCACUGGCGGCAGCAGGCCUUACCACGCAGACCCCAGCAAACUAUCAGUUAACUCAGACUGCAGCAUUGCAGCAACAAGCCGCAGCUGCAGCAGCUGCAUUGCAACAGCAAUAUUCGCAACCUCAGCAGGCCUUGUAUAGUGUGCAGCAACAGUUACAGCAACCUCAGCAGACACUUUUAACACAGCCAGCUGUUGCACUGCCUACAAGCCUUAGCCUGUCUACUCCUCAGCCUGCGGCACAGAUAACUGUAUCAUAUCCAACACCACGGUCUAGUCAGCAACAAACCCAACCUCAGAAACAGCGUGUUUUUACAGGGGUUGUUACAAAGAUGCAUGAUACAUUUGGAUUUGUGGACGAAGAUGUAUUCUUCCAACUUAGUGCUGUGAAAGGAAAGAUCCCCCAAGUGGGUGACAGAGUAUUGGUUGAAGCUACUUAUAAUCCCAAUAUGCCUUUCAAAUGGAAUGCACAACGAAUUCAAAUGCUGCCAAAUCAGAAUCAAUCUCAGACCCAGCCUUUACUGAAGACUCCUCCUGCUGUACUGCAGCCGAUUGCCCCACAGACAACGUUUGGUGUUCAGGCUCAGCCCCAGCCCCAGUCACUGCUUCAGGCACAGAUUUCAGCAGCUUCCAUUACACCACUGUUGCAGACUCAGCCACAGCCUUUACUACAGCAACCACAGCAGAAAGCUGGUUUAUUACAGCCUCCUGUUCGUAUUGUUUCGCAACCACAACCAGCACGAAGGUUAGACCCACCAUCUAGAUUUUCAGGAAGGAAUGACAGAGGUGAUCAAGUGCCUAACAGAAAAGAUGAUCGAAGUCGCGAAAGAGAGCGAGAAAGACGUAGAUCCAGAGAAAGGUCUCCUCAGAGAAAACGUUCCAGGGAGAGAUCUCCUCGAAGAGAGAGAGAACGAUCACCUCGAAGAGUUCGGCGUGUUGUUCCGCGUUACACGGUUCAGUUUUCAAAGUUUUCUUUAGAUUGUCCUAGUUGUGACAUGAUGGAAUUAAGGCGUCGUUAUCAAAAUUUAUAUAUACCUAGUGACUUUUUUGAUGCUCAGUUUACGUGGGUGGAUGCUUUCCCUUUGUCAAGACCAUUUCAGCUGGGAAAUUACUGCAAUUUCUAUGUAAUGCACAGAGAAGUAGAAUCAUUAGAAAAAAACAUGGCCAUUCUUGAUCCACCAGAUGCGGACCACUUAUACAGUGCAAAGGUAAUGCUGAUGGCUAGUCCUAGUAUGGAAGAUUUGUAUCAUAAGUCCUGUGCUCUUGCUGAAGACCCACAAGAACUUCGAGAUGGAUUUCAGCACCCUGCUAGACUUGUUAAGUUUUUAGUGGGCAUGAAAGGCAAGGAUGAAGCCAUGGCCAUUGGAGGGCACUGGUCCCCUGCGUUGGAUGGACCAGACCCAGAAAAAGACCCUUCUGUGUUGAUUAAGACUGCUAUUCGUUGUUGUAAGGCUCUGACAGGCAUUGAUCUAAGUGUGUGCACUCAAUGGUACCGUUUUGCAGAGAUUCGCUACCAUCGCCCUGAGGAGACCCACAAAGGGCGUACAGUUCCAGCUCAUGUGGAGACAGUGGUUUUAUUUUUCCCGGAUGUUUGGCAUUGCCUUCCCACCCGCUCAGAGUGGGAAACCCUCUCCCGAGGAUACAAGCAGCAGCUGGUCGAGAAGCUUCAGGGUGAACGCAAGGAGGCUGAUGGAGAACAGGAUGAAGAAGAGAAGGAUGAUGGUGAAGCUAAAGAAAUCUCAACUCCUACCCAUUGGUCUAAACUUGAUCCAAAGACUAUGAAGGUAAAUGAUCUCCGAAAAGAAUUAGAAAGUCGAGCUCUUAGUUCUAAAGGAUUAAAGUCACAGUUAAUAGCUCGAUUGACAAAACAGUUUAAAGUAGAAGAGCAAAAAGAAGAACAAAAGGAAUUAGAGAAAUCUGAAAAAGAAGAGGAAGAGGAGGAUGAUAGAAAAUCUGAAGACGAUAAAGAGGAAGAAGAAAGAAAACGACAAGAAGAAAUGGAACGCCAGCGUCGGGAAAGAAGAUAUAUUCUGCCCGAUGAACCAGCCAUCAUUGUACACCCAAAUUGGGCUGCAAAAAGCGGCAAGUUUGACUGCAGCAUCAUGUCUUUGAGUGUCCUUUUGGACUAUAGAUUAGAGGAUAACAAGGAACAUUCAUUUGAGGUUUCGUUGUUUGCAGAACUUUUCAAUGAAAUGCUUCAAAGAGAUUUUGGUGUCAGAAUAUACAAAUCAUUAUUAUCUCUUCCUGAAAAAGAGGACAAAAAGGAAAAGGAAAAGAAAAGCAAAAAAGAUGAGAGAAAAGAUAAAAAAGAAGAAAGAGAUGAGGAAACUGAUGAGCCAAAGCCCAAGCGGAGAAAAUCAGGCGAUGAUAAAGACAAAAAAGAAGAAAGAGAUGAAAGGAAGAAAGAGGAUAAAAGAAAAGAUGAUUCUAAAGAUGAUGAUGAAACUGAAGAAGAUAACAAUCAAGAUGAAUAUGAUCCUAUGGAAGCAGAGGAAGCGGAAGAUGAAGAAGAUGGUAUGAUUCAAACAUUUGUUUCCCCUGAGGAAGGAAAUAGCAAUUGUGUUCAAUGUCCUGAGCCAGCUAUAGAUCGGGAUGAGGAAGAUAUAAACAAACGGGAUGAGAAAAGAGAUAUCAACAGGUUCUGCAAGGAGAGGCCCUCUAAAGACAAGGAAAAAGAAAAGACUCAGAUGAUCACAGUUAACAGGGAUCUGUUAAUGGCGUUUGUGUAUUUUGAUCAAAGCCAUUGUGGUUACCUUCUUGAAAAGGAUUUGGAAGAAAUACUUUAUACUCUUGGACUGCAUCUUUCUCGGGCUCAGAUAAAGAAGCUUCUCAAUAAAGUAGUACUGCGUGAAUCUUGCUUCUACCGGAAAUUAACAGACACCUCAAAGGAUGAAGAAAACCAUGAAGAGUCUGAAGCCUUGCAUGAAGAUAUGUUAGGAAACAGGUUGUUGCUUCCAACACCAACAGUAAAACAGGAACCAAAGGAUGUAGAAGAAAAUGUCGGCCUUAUUGUGUACAACGGUGCAAUGGUAGAUGUAGGAAGCCUCUUACAGAAAUUGGAAAAGAGUGAAAAAGUCAGAGCUGAAGUAGAACAGAAACUACAGUUACUAGAAGAAAAAACAGAUGAAGAUGUAAAGACCAUCUUGAACUUGGAGAAUACCAACAAAAACCUCUCUGGUGAACUUAGAGACGUUAAAAAGGACCUUUGUCAGUUACAAGAAAACUUGAAGAUUUCGGAAAAUAUGAAUUUACAAUUUGAAAACCAGCUCAACAAGACAAUCAGAAAUUUAUCCACAGUAAUGGAUGAAAUCCACACUGUUCUCAAGAAGGAUACUGUGAAGAAUGAAGAUAAAGGUCAGAAAUCCAAGGAGAACGGUGCAAGCGUAUGACAGAGUCCGUGUUGUGAUUGGGAAUUAUGUUAAAUAAUGUAACAUAAAAUCAUGAUAAUGUUUGACAGUGAUGCAUGUUUGAUUCUAGUAGUAUAAAUGUUAGUCCAAAUGAUGUAUAAAGUUUUAUGAAUGUGAGAGUUUCUGCUUUUGAAAAAUUGCUUGUAAUUCCUGACAUUCAAAAUAUUAAACACUCCUUGAGUGAAGUAAUUUUGCAUUGCAAAAUGUUUUAGGAUGAACUUUGUUAUAGUUUCAAGCACAAUAAAGUUCAUCACUUUAAUGGAUAGCAGUAUUUAAUUACCAAAUGUCUAAUACCUAGAAAGCUGCAAUUUUAUUUAUAGAAUUAUUAGGUUUUUAAUCUUUUACUAUUUCAAUAUAAACCACACAGUAGCAUGCUGCUUAAACUUUGCAAGUUUUUGAACCAGGAUUUCUUACUUAUUAAAAAAAAAAAAAAGUCCUCUCUUAGACUAUUAGUUUAUAAGGCAUUAAAAGUUCAGUUCAUCCAAAACAAAGUAGUGGCCCGCUACCAUUAUUGUUGUAUAUGUUAUGUUUUGCCUAAAAUUAGUAGUUCUGACUAUGUUAAUGUUACUCUUUAAUUAAUUUUCUACUUUCCAGAAUAGCAUCUAUAUUUUCCUUUGGAGGGGUUUUGAAAAAAAAAAUUGUAGUGUAUGUCAAAUGUACAGUUUAGUACCACACCAGUAGAUGUCAGUGUGAUGGUUUAAGUUAAGCCUUGUUUAAUUAAAAAUAAUUUUUUUU